AAUAUUGUGUGAAGCAGGACAGUGUACACAAGAAUUGUCACUCGAAUAGACUUUGAAUAGACGGGAAGAUGAACAAUAGAGGAACAAUGGGCCUAUCUAACCAAGAUCGGUGGCGCGUGCAAUGACGAAGGUAUAUUCAGUAUCCCCGCAGUAACUCACUUUGGCGUUGCACACAGUACUAUCGCAUGUAGCUUUUGCACACCGGCGCACUUACACAGGAGACUUUGAACGAACCACAGCAUAGAACAGCAAUGGCGUCGUCAACUCGUUUUAGUGUCGUGGGCAUACUUUCUCUACUUUUCCUCCAAUCUCUUUUGCUGUCUUCUUCGGAAGAGGUGCUUCGUCGACAUCGAAGACAGGACCACGACCACGACCAUGACCACGAUGGAGACUUGGAAGAGGAAUAUUUUGCAGUUGUUGGAAAUUUUCUCUUGGAUCAGGAAAUAACUGCGCAACGAGUUUUGGGAGAUUUUGAGGAAAACCACGACCAGAACUUCACUUCCACACAAGUCGCCAUUUUGGUCUCGACUCUCUUUUCAAGGGUUGGCUGUGAAAACCGCGUCAAUAACUGCUCAAAGUGCUCUGACGAUUUCGUGACCGAUCUGUUUACCGCCCUCAACGUUGACCCGGCGUACGGAUUCAGUGAGGAUGUCUUCCACGAAGCGACACCGCUGCUGCUCUAUGCUACGUUCGAUUUGGAGGCGGUGUGCGCCGCCGGUGCUGGCGGGACGGAUCUCGGUGAGGAGACGGUGUUUGGGGAGCUCAUGUCUGCCGGAGCAGAUGGGACGAACGCAACCCUGUCCGAAGAGGAUUUGGAAGAAAUUUUACAUACCAUGAGUGAAAAUUAUACCGCAACCACCCAAACAACGUGCUUCGAUGUCGAAUCCGUCUUUACCGCAACCGUCGGCGAUCACGAAGCAGGUGCUAGCGAAGCGGAGGUCCAUGCCAUAGCUGAACUCGUGGUUUCCAACCUUCUCAAAGGCUACUGCAUCGGCGAGGCAACUUUACCAUCGCCCGAUGACUUCGUGGAUGCAGUCUUCAAUUCGUACGCAACAGGCGGUGUCAUUCCUGAAGAAGAAUUAGAACAUUUGCUUUCGGAGCUUGGUAUCGGAGGCUCAUCGGACGAACAUGACGAUCAUGGCGACGAUGCUGACGACGAUGGUGAUGACCAUGAUGACCACGACCAUCGUCGAAGAAGACAUGCCGAGGACACGGUUCCAGCGGUGGGAUACCGACACCGCGUGGAGCGUGCGGCGGACGAACAUGACCAUGGAUCCCACAACGAUGCACUGAAUGUGUCCGCUACUUGCUACACGGGGGAGCAACUCCUAGACAUCCACGGGGUAGACCAUGAAGCUGGUAUGAGCGAGGCCCAGUAUACAUCCAUGCUACCAUCCCUGAUUCAGCAGAUCUUAUCGGGUGCAUGCAGCGGUCAAGAUGAUCACGAGGAUCCAACUAAUUCCUAUACAGAUGCUGAGAUUUGGGGGUACAGUAAUCUAGCCGUGCUCAUCAUCAGUCUCCUAGCCGUUCUCGGUGCCGCUUUCAUCCCCUGCAUGUCUGGGUUCGUCUACGAGGCAGUUUUACAGACCAUGAUGGCCCUAGCAGUAGCCACACUCACGGGGGAUGCAGUAUUGCAUCUGAUUCCGCAGGCUGUUGGCUUGCAUGCUCAUGAUAGUUCUGGGCAUGAUCACACCGUCCACGGACCGGCCAAUCCCGAGCUAGCUUACGUCUGGAAAUGCCUGGCGGUCGAGAUGGCGAUCUAUGCUUUCUUUCUGGUGGAGAGAGUUUCUAGCUUGACCUCGUGCUGCAAACAUUCGCAUGCCCAUGGCAACAGGUCUAUCAACAUGCAGGUUUCCCAGACACCAAUCAAGGGAUUACAGAAGACAUCCAAAGUAUCCGAUUCGGAGAGAAACCUGACCGACGCUGAGGAUGGUGACGAAAAGCAGAGUUAUUGCUUGAAAGGUUGUGGUACAGUGCCUUUGAUGAUCGUGAUGGGAGAUGCCCUGCAUAACUUCGGAGACGGACUGGCGAUCGGAGCUGCCUUCACCAUCGGCAUCCCGGCGGGUCUCAGCACAACUAUCGCUGUCUUCUGCCACGAGCUGCCCCACGAGCUAGGUGACUUAGCUGUUCUCCUCAACCAGGGCAUGCGCUUGUCCACAGCGGUGUUUUGGAAUCUCUUGUCCGCAUGCACGUGUUUCGUCGGUCUGUGGGUCGGGAUCCCUCUUGCGCAGACGCAGAACGCGCGGGAAUGGAUUUUCGCUGCUACUGCCGGCACGUUCCUCUACGUUGGACUAGUGCACAUGCUUCCUCUUCUCCAUGCUUACAAAGGAGAGAGAAAAGGAAUCAUCUUCUGCCUUCAGAACUUUGGCUUUCUGCUCGGGAUCCUCGUCAUCCUCGUCAUCGCCCUCUACGAGGACGCCAUCAGCAUCGCUCUCUAAUUAACCAACAUCGCCCUCUACGAAAUCGUCAUCAGCAUUGCUCUCUAAUAACCAACAUCGCCCUCUACGAAGACGCCAUCAGCAACGCUCUCUAAUAACCACUGUAAGAAACAACCCCUAUCGCUAUCGACAUCAGGGGGAUGAUUCACAAAGCCUUUUUUCAAUGACAAAUGCCAAUAAUCAGUGACAAAUAUGCUGAUAACCAAUCAGAAGCAAGGAUUUCAGUAGCUUAUAACAAAAACUUUCUCUUGUCACUAAUGACAAGUUUUGUGAAACGCCCUCCAUUUCCAAUAUCAUGCUUAUCAUAGGUCUCAACGAAGACCGUUCCGUUUUCAUCCUCGUUACUAAUUGACGAAGAAACAAUAAUGAAACUAAGUAGUGACAAUUUGAGCAAUACGUCAUUCAAAUUUAAGGGAAACACAAAUUGGCAACACUGUGACGUAUCUUGCGAGCUCCUCUCCAAAUUGCUCCAAACAGAAAGUUUCACUUUCUGUAGUUAUUGAUGACGUAAUAGAUUUUUUUUUCUUACAGGGGUUGUGUGAAAACAUCUUUGCAACAAUUAAAUUUAUGGUAGAUGUAUGUUUAAACAUUUUCUGAAAGGAACUUGGUAAAAUUGUUCAGAUGAGAGAAAAUGGUGUUAAGGUAGUGACUUCAAUGCAAGAUGUACAAGUUAAGGUAAUCUGAAAGUUUGAGUGAAAACAUACCAUUAUUAAUGAUAAACAUUUUUAAAAAAUGAUCUGAUCGAUUCCUUAAUUCUCCUAACUAUAAUAUUACUAUUUAAUUACAUGUUAGGUGAUUGUAAAGUGUCACAAAGCAAUACAUAUGCUAUAUAUAUACCAUUUUAGACAUUUAAGUGUUGAAAGAUUUUUAGAAGCCUGUCUUAUGUCUUAUUUUCAUGGAAAAAUGGUUAGGAAAAUUCAAAAUGGUUGUGAAAACAUUUUUCACAUCUACUUCUCUUGCCCAAAUAUGGCUGCAUCCUCUUAUUUCAUAUUUGUAUAUUAUUUGAUGUGUUUUCCAUUUACAUUAUUAAUAAUUUCCAAAAAUUUGUCCAAAUUCACUUCUGUUGCCAAAAUAUGGCUACAUCCUAUUAUUUCAUAUCUAUAUAUUAUUUGAUGUGUUUUGAUUUGAUUUUUUUUAAUUUGAUUUAUUUAUUUCUGUUUGAUUUUCUUUUUCUUUUGCAUUUUUACAAAUAUAUAACAAACAAAUAUUGCAAAUUUACACAUGACAAAAGAAUAUAUGUAGAAUAAAGUAAGGUUGUGUGUAACUAAGCGAGAACAUCAAACAGAAGGGUUGAUAAAAUAAGCAAAGCUUGAUAGUAUGACUACCCUCAAAGGAUACAUAAUAAUACAAAUAUGGAGGAACAAAAUAUUGGUAAAAGGGGGAAAAGACAGAAAAAGAAGAGAAAAGAAAGAGGGGAUGCACAUCAAUAUUCACAGACUUAUAUUUACAUUAUUAAUAAUUUCCAAAAAUUUGUCCAAAUUCACUUCUGUUGCCAAAAUAUGGCUGCAUCCUAUUAUUAUUUCAUAUUUGUAUAUUAUUUGAGGUGUUUACCUUUUAUACUAUUAAUAUUUUCUAAGCAUUUGCCCAAAUUCACUCACUUCUCUUGUUCAAAUAUGGCUGCAUCCUCUUAUUUCAUAUUUGUAAACUAUUUAAGAUAAUUCUAUUUAUACUAUUAAUACUUUCUAAACAUCCCCCCAAAUGGCUGCAUCCCUUUUCUGUUGUUUUUUAAUAUUUUUAUUGGGAACCAAUUUUUAUUGUAUAUAUCACUAUCUUACUUGACAAUGUUAUAAUCGCAGUAAUUAAAGUGCAUUCUUAUUCCACUA